AUGCAUUAGUUACUACAUUAUUUAAAUCUCCCGCCUAGAAUUUUUAUCUCAUUGACGUCACAGAUGUGUAACCAGAAUGGAGUUAGGAAUUGUCGAAUGUGAUUGGCUAGGAUGUGUUGUGUUUCUAACAUGAUAGUUAUAUGACUACAACAGCAGACAUUUGAAUUUAAUGAAGUUUUCGGAAUAAAUAAUAGUUUCUCGCCUUUAGAAAUGGAAAGAAGUGAAAAUAUUGCGGCAAUGCAUUGGACAGAGGCUCGUGAUCUACUGAGGUGUUGGCGUGAAGAAAAUGUUCGGGAGAGUUCGAAAGUUGUUGACAUAUGGGAAUCUGCCCUUACUAAGAAAAUGAAUAAACUUGGCGAUGAAAAGCUGCUGGUGUUGGAGCAAGUGUGUGUGGCCGCGCUGGACUGCAACAGGCAGGAGGUCGCGGAGCUCUGCCUCAAGGCUCUGCGGGCGGAGUUCCCGACCAGCCUCCGCGUGCACCGCCUCAGGGUCCUGCAGCUCGAGGCGCUCCAACAGUAUGAUGAGGCAUUGGAUUUGCUGGAGAAAAUAAUCAAGCAAGAUGAGACGAAUGCAGCUCCACGAAAGCGAAAAGUAGCUAUUCUCAAAGCAAAAGGAAGAACUUCAGAUGCCAUUAAAGAACUUACAGAAUAUCUGAAGAAGUACAUGAGCGACCAGGAGGGGUGGCAGGAGCUGUGCGAACUGUACUUGUUCGAGCAGGACUUCAACAAGGCAGCCUUCUGCAUGGAGGAGAUAAUACUGCACAACCCACACAGCCACCUGAUACACCAGCGCUAUGCCGACAUCAGAUACACACAGGGUGGCACUGAGAACAUAGAAAUAGCAAAAGCACACUACUGUUUGGCACUGAAAAUUAAUCCUAACAACAUUCGUGCAUUGUACGGAUUAUUCAUGUGUUCCACGAAUAUUGCCUUGAACCCUAAAACCACUCCUGUGAAGAGGAAGGGUGCCAGCAAACUUGCCAAGUGGGCACUGAAGGAACUGAAUAGCAGAUAUGAAGAAAAGUGUGUACAGGUCACUCCAAUGGCAGCCUUGGAAGGAUUGAUAAAUGCAGUUCACAUUACAGCCUCUUAAGGUGGUGAAUUUGUGAAUCUCCAGACAACGUUAUUAGGAUGAAUUUACUAUUUUAUUUCCAUGUUUUUCUUAAGAAACAUACCACAUGUAUAAAUUUUGUCUCAAUUUCAUAUACAUAUCCAGAUGUUCAAGUGGUUUUGUACAUCAUGUUAAUUGACUACAAGUUACAGUAUACGUAUUUAUUUUGGUGUAACAAUUGUUUGCAACAUUAUAAUAUUAAAAUGAGUUAACUAUGUACUAUAAUUAUUGCUCCUCAGUUUGUUACUCUAAAUAGAAUUCUCAACAUUCAUAUUCAGUCUCUUAUAAGUGAACUAAGAAUAUCUCUGCAAAUAAUUGUAAUUAUAUACACUAAUAGUCUCGCCAAGUUGAAGUAAAGAUGUGCUGCAAACAGUUAACAAUGUUGUAGGUAGUUAUUGUGAAAAUGGUGUAGGGUUGGAUGAAUGUUAUUUUUUAAUAAAACAAAAAUGAAACUAUAA